AUGAGCAACGGAACGCCAUCACCCGGCAAAGAUGAAAUAUUCGAUCGCACGGCCCGUUUGGUUAUGACCAGCGUCAAUGACGCGGACAUGGAGGCAUUCCUGCUGAGCUACCCCAUGGUCCUCACACCCAAGAACGAUCUCGCCCUGCUGUGGGCCGAAGAGUAUCGUAAGGCGUGUUCGUGGCGGCUCGACGGUGACACGCGCAAGAAGCACCACGCCGAAAGUUUAUGCGCAUAUGGGCCAAGAACUACCCCAACGAUUUCACACCGGCGUCGCGCAAGGCCGUGCUGGACGUGCUCACCAAGGAGACCGGCGGCAAUGCGGCCCUGCUCAACGAGUUCAAGCUCCUCUUUCUCAAGCGCCAGGCCAACCCGCCGGCGGCCGGUUCGGCCCAGGAGCCCACCACCACCACCGGCGGCGGCGAUUCGGUUGUCAAUGGCAACGCCAGCGGCGGGCUCGGUACCAGGGGCGGCAGCGGGGUGCGGCUGUUUCGCAGUGGGAGCCUAA